AAUCGCAGCCAAGAAACUCUCAAAAGCUGUUUCCAGUGACUGCUGGGAUUCCAAGGCUGGCUUUUUUUGCAACUGCUGUAACUUGCUACUAAAAAGAGAAGGAAGCUGAACUCAGCUCAUAGCUGCUCAUUACACUGGAGAAUUAAAUGCAAUUACCACGUUCUCAAUGCGAAACUGGACUGAUUUUGCUUUGGCUUUUUUAGACAACUGAAUAAGCUUUUUUCCUCCCCUCUUCUUUUUCAUCAUUUUUGACACACACAGUGGUGAUGUUGCAAACAGUCUGCAUGAGUCCUGAAUUACUGGUCAAUCAAAACAUCAGUGAAAAUGAAAUCUCUGGCUAUAGUCCAGGCCAGGGAUCUCCACUGCCUGGAGAAACAGCCAGUCCCAAAAGCUAUUUUCAACAGAGCCCGUCAUUGCCAGACUCUGGAUUAACUGAAUUUAAUGUUGCAAGUCCCAAGAUCUACCCUCCUCCUUCAUGUAAACCUCAAGAGAUGUCUGCUCCCACUGACUCUGGACUUAGAUCUGAUCCCCCUCAGAAGCGCUACAUGGGUGUGAGAGUAAAGAUGCCAGUACGGGAAUUACUGAGAAAAAUUCGUCUUUCCAAAGGCCUGGACCCAGCUCACAGCAAGGAAGCCUCAUUAAUGAAGAUGGUAACCAAAGGAUCCUCAGGAAAAAGAGAAAAGAGGAGAGUUCACCCUUAUACAGAGAAACAGCUUAGACAGAGCAAGCAGAACGUUGGGCAAACGCUAAAAGGCUUAGAGGACCUCGAUAUCCUGGUGGAGGUACUGCAGGAAGACUUGAACAAAAGCCAGUUGAAAGAGGAGUCUCUGCAUUCUGUGCCAGAUGGCUUUUGGCAGGGCUUCUCCAUGGAUCUGCAAGCCUCCCGGUGGGAAACUGGAGGAAGCAAACAGGCAGUUGGUGGCCUGCAGGAAAGACGCCACAGCUUAACCAUGUUGCGUUCAUACUGCUGUUUUAAAGAUUUCAACUCAGUAUCGAGAGGAGAGGUAGAGACUUCUUUUCACCAUGAUCUGAAAAACAUGCAAGAGUCCAAUUCACCUGAAUUAUCCUCAAGGACAAGUGAGAAAGAGAGUAACUGGUGGAUACAGGAUGCAUGCACAAGUACCCAGAGAGAUUUCCUGAGGCAUUCUUCACAGAACACAUCUCCACACACAAACCCAUCAAGAGGCUGUUCAGAGAUGCAUCUGGAAGCUCAUUCAAGCUCUCCAGACACUGAAGGAUAUUCAAAGUCAACCCCAAUUUCUUUCACACAGCAGGAUCUUUCUGCCAUCUCUUUCUUCCAGUUCCAGCUACACAGGGAAGAAAGUUUACUGAGAAAUAUCCCAGCAGACAAACUGCUUGCCCCUGAUGAAAAUGGCAACAGGCUGCUGCACAAGGCUGUUGCUCAGGGUAAAAGAGCUCUGACUUAUGCACUUGCACAGAGAUUUGCAACUCUAAAUAAGAUCAACGAGAAGGAUGCAGAGAAACGGACCGCAUUACAUCUUGCCGCAGAAAAGAACCAACAUCUGAUGGUGAGUGACCUGAUAUCCCUAGGAGCCAAUGUCAACGAACAGGACAGUUUAGGGAAAACUCCACUCCAUCUGUGUGCAGAGAAUGGAUAUUUGAGAGUUUUAGAGGUUUUGAAAAAUUGCAAAAACAACGGGGUGUGUGUGGAAGUGAAUCUGACUGACCAUUACGGUUUAACACCACUGCACUGUGCUGCUCUUGCCCACACUGCCUUAGUAACCGAAUCUCAAAAGACUGAUACCAAUACUGACACGGGAAGGUUUAUCAGACUACGCAAAGAUCAAAUUCUGGAAGGAAUUAACUGCUUAUUACAAAUGGGAGGAAAGCCUGAGUUACAGGUACUAAAUUCAUGUCAAAUUACCACUUCCUAUUUAAAAAUUGAGGAGAAUACAGAACUUAUGUGUUUGCUUCAGAGUCAUAAAUCUAACUGGCAGAACAUUCUUCAAAAGAGUUACGGCUUGCUGGAUGCUCCAAGAAGAACGCUUGGUCCCUCAUCAACAGAUAACUUUUCUGAGCUUUUUUCCAUACCAUCUUUGGACCUCUGACAUCAUUCUUAAAGGGAAAUGCUGCUAAAGUUCAUUAUCUGCACUUCAUGGUUCGUGUGCUCCAACUGUUGCUGAAGUACAGACAGAGAACAGACAUCAAAAUUCUUCAAAUGUAUUAUAGCUUUAAUUGACUGUUGUAUAUAUCUCUUCAGUGCUGAGAAUUAAAGAGUAAACCAAUAAAUGGAGAAAACCCUCAAGCCAGGUUUCAACAGUAUUAGGCAUUCAGUGUUAGAUGCUCCAGUAAAUGAAUAGGUUGUAAUUUUCUCACAAAGCUGAUCACUUGCACUUCUCUUCUGAAGUUCAAGUUCCAGGUGUUUUACAUUCUGAAGCUCUAACAAAUUGUUAAUGCAGGUGCCUAGCUCAAAAAAAACCAAUCAACUUGGAUGGAUUGAUCCUUGUCUUAAAAGUACCAGUGUAAGAUUAUUCUUUACAGUCCACAUUCAGUGUUCAGGUGUGCUGGAAAUCACAGGCACUAUGUAAUUCUAAACAUGAACUAUGGGAACACAGAAUCUGAUGGGCUAGCUUUAAUACCUCCUGCAGACCAGCUCAAUUUGGCCAAGGCUGAAGUUGUUAUGCGUUCAGGCAAUCCUAUUGGGAAAAAAAAUAAUCAAAAUAAAACAUACCCACACCAUGUAACUGAGCAUGUUCUCUCAACAAAAAUUGAGCUAUUUAUUUAUGCAAUCAGAAUUUGCCACCAAUAAUGGAUCGUAGGUGAAGUCUGGGACAGAAAGUGUUUUGAAUCCAUUCCUUUCACUCUGGGUGACGUAACAAAUAUACUUGUACAAAAUUUAAGUAUAUAACAACGGUUUUAAAGGCCAUUGUUUAUACUAAGCAAUAUUGCAAGUUAAAAGGAUAACAAGGAGCUAAAAUUAUUCCAUGCUGCCAGAUAGCCAAGUAUUCAGUAGAAUUCCUAUAAAUUAGACAAUAAUUGUCAAAAUAAUUCUUCCCAGACUUAGUAUCAUUUUAUUUUAACUUCUGAUUGUGAAUUAGCUGGUUUCUAUGAAACUUUCCUGUUUGCUACAUAUGGAGCAAUCUACAUUUACAUAACCUACGAAGUCACUGAUCCAGCAAUCAGCUCACAUGUGUACCUUCUGUUGAAGUAAAUGGGAGAUUUUUCAUGUGUAGCCAAGGCAGGAUCCAGUAUUGAGUACUCAGCAUGUUUGGGGAAUAUAUUUUUAAUGAACCCUUUGCAUUUUCUUCUUGUAAAAAAGGUUACUUUCCUGUUAUUGGAUAUCCUUAAGUGUUAAGCUCCGCGAGCUAUGUUGCACAACAGAAAUUAACUUUUACUGAAAAAUGACAGUGUUUUACUUAAUUCCACUGGGAUUUGGGUCUUAUCCUAUGAUUCUUCUGCCCUGAACACCUAAAUACCACUCUCCUCUCUAGUAUUUUCUCUGGUCAGAAUGAGACAUGAUACUUAAAAACUUCUGAAGUAUUUCAUAAAAUAAAUAUUAGAUUUUUACUCACAUGAUGAAUUACAGAACACUACAGAAUAUUCAACCGCCUCCUUCCAUAGGUGCCUCUGUGUUUUAAUUAUGUGAAUUUUUCU